AUGCCCCCUGGCCUACCGACCACAAUGACAGAAACACGCCUCUUUAAGCCGAUCAAAAUUGGCACCGUCCAGGUCCAGCACCGCAUCGGAAUGGCACCCUUAACCCGCCUGCGCGCAAAUCCCGACCGUACCCCAACAUCGCUGAUGAAGGAGUACUACACUCAACGAGCCUCAGUCCCCGGAACCCUGAUAAUCACGGAGGGCACGCUGAUCUCAACAGCCUCUGCAGGAGCUUUCCCAGGCGCCCCUGGCAUCUGGCGCGCCGACCAAGUCGCCGCGUGGAAAGAGAUCACUGAUGCAGUCCACAAAAGAGGCAGCUUCAUCUAUGUGCAGCUGUUUAGUAUGGGUCGCGCUGCGGAGAAAAAGUUGGCAGAGAGCGAGGGAAUAGAGGUCGUGGCACCUAGCGCGAUUCCCAUCCCGUAUGAUGAGAAACCUGAUGCGCCUAUUCCGCGGGCAAUGAGCGUUGCCGAGAUUCAGCAGACGAUUGUGGAUUUCGUGAAGGCGUCAAAGGACGCACUGACUGCUGGUUUCGAUGGGGUGGAGAUCCAUGGUGCGAAUGGGUAUCUCCUUGAUCAGUUCCUCCAAGACACGAGUAACCAGCGCGACGACGAGUACGGGGGCAGCGUGGCGAAUCGGUCACGACUCCUCCAUCAAGUCCUGCAGAAAGUCGCAAAGGCUAUCGGUGCCGACAAGGUCGGACUGCGCCUUAGUCCCUGGUCGCGGUUCCAGGGAAUGCGAAUGGACGAUCCGAUUCCGCAGUUUGCAGAUAUCAUCGACAAGGCAAGCGACCUUAAUCUCGCGUACCUGUCGCUCAUCGAGGCCCGAGUCUUUGGUGCUCGUGAUUAUGAGGGGAGUCUAGAUGGGGAUAAAGAAACAUUGGACUUCGUGUACGAGCGUUGGCAUGGACCGGUUCUUGUUGCGGGUGGAUAUGAGCUCGAAAAGGCGCGGAGGCUAGUUGAUGAGCAGUACCCGAAGAAGGAUAUUGUUGUUCUGUUUGGACGGCAUUUCAUCUCGAAUCCGGAUCUUGUGUAUCGGUUCAAGGAAGGGGUAGAAUUGACCAAGUACCAGCGUGAGACGUUCUAUGAAAUCCGCUCGGCGGUGGGCUAUGUGGACUAUCCAUUCAGUAAGGAGUACUCGGCGACCAUCAACCUCGCUGGAAGCCGCGUGGGCAGGCUUUCAGAUUUACGAAAAUGUGGUAGCCCAGGUUUGGACUUUUCCUCAUCGAAAUCCUAA